UCCCAGGUAGAAAUUAAAUUCUUGCAGCAGCACAACAAAAUAUGUCAACAAUAUAAUAAACAAGAAAACAAGUUCAGUGUGUGUUUAUUAUAAAAGUUCUGUUUUUUUGCCUUCCAUCACAGUGAGGAAUGUGGAGGAGUCACUGUGGUGGAUGUUCAUGUUAAAAUGUUCUGUUGCUUUUUAUUGAAAUAACUGUAUGGCAAAUCAAAUUUCUCGUAUGUUGUAAAACAUACUUGACUAAUAAAGUAUGGUUAUGAUGAGGUGUAUAUAUAUAUAUAUAUACUGAACUUUGUUUUCUCGUUUAUUAAAUAGUUUACAGAGUGCCAUGUUUGCAUAUACUGGCGUGCUGCAGCAAAUAAGAAUGUCAUUGUUCUCUCUGGGGCAUUUGACAAUCAAAGAGUCUUGAGUAAAAAAUACAUUCUGAAUAUAAUUCCGAUACACCUUCAGAGUUUUCAAUGAAACUUGAAGUCUCCAAGCCUUUGCAUGUAAUCUGCAGGGCGAAGCUGUGUGCACCGAUCUCACUGGUAAUUGGGGGAUAAAGUCUUGUGUUUGAUGUCGCGGGUGCUGCAGACCAUGUUUGUCCAGCUCGACUCUGGCCAGACAGGGGUUGUGGUCUGGGUCACAGAGAGUUUUUUUCUCUCUCUCUGUAGAAAUCCAGAGCCCUCCCACUCCCAUUAUGUGAACUGAACCCGCUCAGGUUACACACUGCUGAUUAUGUCCCAUUACCCAAUCCUAUGGCCGUCUCUCUCCCUCUCUCUCUGCCCCAUCGCCAACUCUCAAUCCUCUUUGCAAAAACCAUUUACAUUUAACCCUCUUUUUUUUUAAUCGAGGGGGCGGGGGAAGUUAUUUUUGGAUUUUUUAUUUUUGUUUUUGCACCCCUUCAAAGUAAAAAUGUUGGUGCUUUUGCACGGGCCAGCUGACUUCAGGAGGUGCUGCAGAGAUGGACUGGGUUUGAUGCAUGCGAGAAAGAGCAGGGCAGAGCGAAUGCAGCCCAGGACAUUUGUGAUUGUGUGGUGCUUGCUCAGGCUGGCCGGAGGCGCCAGUCUACCCAGAGGGAAGCUCUCCUACCCCGGCGCCUGUCCCAACCAGCUGAACCCUAACCUGUGGGUGGAUGCCCAGAGCACUUGCGAGAGGGAAUGCAACGCCGACGAGGUAGAACCAACGCGCUGUGUAAUAGACGUGUGUCCUGAAACUAACGACUGCCAGAGCUUUGAGAAGUGCUGCAGGAACGUGUGCGGGCUGAAGAGCUGCGUGGCGGCACGGUUUGCCGACGGAAGCCUGGCAUCCUCGGCCCUCCCCCGAGAGGCGACGUGCGAGAGGGUGGUGUGCACGCAGCAAGGCUCGGAGUGCGACAUCUGGGACGGGCAGCCGGUGUGCAAGUGCAGGGACCGGUGCGAGAAGGAGCCCAACUUCACCUGCGCCUCGGACGGCCUGACCUACUACAACAGGUGCUACAUGGACGCCGAGGCCUGUAUCCGGGGCAUCAGCCUGGCCGUGGUGACCUGCCGCUACCACAUCACCUGGCCCAACACCAGCCCCCAGCCCCUGGAGACCACGGCCAACCCCACCUCCACCAGCUGGCUGGAGGACUCAGUGCCACCGGCCCUCUACACCAACCCCUUCCAUCAGUCGGUGUACGUGGGCGGCACGGUCAGCUUCCACUGCGACGUGAGCGGCCGCCCCAGGCCGGACAUCACCUGGGAGAAGCAGAGCGACCACCUGGAGAACAUCAUCAUGAGGCCCGACCAGAUGUACGCCAACCUGGUGGUCACCAACAUCGGGCAGCUGGUCAUCUACAGUGUCCAGCAGGACGAUGCCGGCAUCUACACCUGCACGGCCAGGAAUGCUGCUGGGCUGCUGAGGGCCGACUUCCCGCUCUCUGUCAUCCGGCGGGGACACUCCAGUGAGUCGGCGGUGGCGGGCGGCGGUGUGCGGCCGCUGCCCUCAGCCGAGUGCUUCAAGGAUCCGGACAAGAGGCAGUGCGGGCGGCAGCAAGUGCGCUGGUUCUACGACCACAAGAGAUCCACCUGCUCCACCUUCGCGUGGGGGGGCUGCGAGGGCGGCGGGAACCAGUUCGAGACGUACGAGGAGUGCCGGGCGUCGUGCGCCAACGAGACGGUCAACAUCUGCACCUUCCCCGCCGUCCAGGGGCCCUGCAAGCUGUGGGAGGCGCGCUGGGCCUACAACUCGCUGAUGAAGCAGUGCCACGCCUUUGUCUACAGCGGCUGCGAGGGCAACAAGAACAACUUUGAGAGCAGGGAGGUGUGCGAGGAGACCUGCCCCUUCCCCAAGUACCAGCAGUGCAAGGCCUGCAAGCCCCGGCACAAGAUCGUGCCCAGCUUCUGCAGAAGCGACUACGCCAUCGUGGGCAGGGUGACGGAGAUCGUGGAGGAGCAGGACUCCGGCGUGGCCCGCUUCACCCUCGACCAGGUGCUGAAGGACGAGAAGAUGGGCCUGAAGUUCUUCGACUUCAAGCACCUGGAGGUGAUCAUGUUGAACAUGGACUGGAGCUGCCCCUGCCCCAACAUCACGCUGAGCGACGGGCCCCUCCUGAUCAUGGGCGAUGUCCACGACGGCAUGGCGGUGUUGGGGGCAGAGAGCUACGUCCGGACCAUCAGUGACAAGCGGGUGAAAAAGCUGCACGAAAUCAUUGAGAAAAAGACCUGUGAACUGCUGCAUCGCUUCCAGGACUGAACUGGGCAAUCGUACAGUGGGGAUUGUCAUUGUCAUGCCAUUGUGUUACUGCUUAUAAUAUCAUGUUAUUCCAAGUA